AUGACAGACAUUUGUUUGGAUGACACUUACCUCCCAGAAGGGAAUUAUUACGUUUUACUAGAUAAAUUGAAUAAUUUGCAAAACCUAUCUCUAUGCAGAUGUAAAAUUAACGAUGAUGUAUGCAAGAAGAUAGCAGAAAAAUUGUACAACGAAAUGCCAGCUUCGAAUACCCUAAUGACUUUAGACUUCACUUCAAAUAAUAUUACAAACUUGGGCGCUAAGCACUUAGGAUUGAUGUUGAGGCAAAAUAGAACUCUGCUUUAUUUAGGCUUAGCAGAUAAUUUAUUAGAUGACAUUGGAGCUUCGCAUAUAUUAAAACCCUUAAUGAUAUUUUCUCUUACGGAAGAUGAGGUGUAUGAGUUAAGGAAAAGGAAAUUUAGAUACGCAGCAAAAAAGUUGGAAAUAUGUAAGGAGCAUGAGAAGCAAUUACUUGCACAAAUGAAAAUUGAGGAGGAGAAAGAGAAUCAUCAUCCUGUGAAAUCUCGAAAAUCUUUUCGUCGGAGCAGACAAUUUACUGAAGAACCGAAACCUGUUAUUGUGAAGGAGCUGGCUGAAAAAAAUAUUAUGGACACGUUUGGUAAAUUUGAAGAUGUCUUCGAUGACGAAAAUGUGGUCUAUAGACAUGGGCAUUUAUAUUCUCUGGGCAAUCUCAAGCUUUGUUAUUUAAAUCUAGCCUUUAAUCAUAUAAAAUACUUUACUCUGAAGAAACUCUGCGAGGUUCUUAAGUAUCAAAGCAAUAUGAAGAAAACUGAUUGCAAGGGACUGUUGAGAGUGGUCGUAGAUGGCAACAAUAUUCCAACACAGUGCGAGUUUCUCACCACUAUAGAAUCAUAUCUAGGAAAUGCCAUGGCGAAGUACGCUACACCAAUAAGAAAUCGAAGUCAUGUAAAUAUUAGCAAGCAAUGUCUCCGAAAGUAG